UGGCCAUCAUGCAUAACACGCCCACUUUCGGCGAGCUGGGAUAAAGAUGUCCUGGAUGAGCGGUAGUCAAGGCAUGUCCUACAGCAGCAAUCCUGGCUCGAGUCACGUGCCGCCGCAGCCAACAUGCAGAUUCCCCGGCUGUGCAAGGCCCUGCUACGUGGAAAGCUACGGUCGAGUCCACGACUUCUGCGGCAGAACUCACGCAAACGAGUUCGCUAGACACUACGGCAGACAUGGAGCGAGUUACAGCCUGGCCUCAGCUUCUGGUGCGUCAGCUCAAAGAAAGAAGCCCACCUCCACCACGUCUGGUUCUUCUAGUAGACAACCCAUGAAAGCUGUCUACCAGCUCCCGGGUGCAACUGGCUAUGGUGCUAGCAGAAGCAACCAGAUCCGAUUCUAUAACCGCGAUGAACCGUACUACGAGUUCACAAACUUCUACCCAACCAAUGUCUUCAUCGAUGGUAAGAACUGGCCGACGACCGAGCACUACUUCCAGGCCCAGAAGUUUGUGGGGACUCCGUACGUGGAGAAGAUCCGGAGAUUCCCAUCUCCGAGAGAUGCAUUUCAGCUCUCGAGGGAUCCGUUGGUUUCAAGAUGGCGUCGCAGUGACUGGGAGAGCGUGAAAGACGACAUCAUGCUCAAGGCUCUGAGAGUCAAAUUCUCAGAAAACGUCACCCUGCGUGACAAACUGCGCAGUACGGGUGAGAAGGAGUUGGUAGAGCACACGUCGAACGAUUCCUACUGGGGUGACGGGGGAAACGGAUUGGGACAAAACAAGCUCGGAAAACUCUUGAUGCAAGUUCGAAGAGAACUGAAAGAAAAGUACGGUCCCUACACUUCUGCACCCCCGUACCAUUUCAGUACACGGGAUGACAGCAGUAUAUCACACCGAGCAACGUCGACCCACACAACACCCAGACUGAGACGUAGCAGCUCUUUUUCCAAUAUCUCCAGCAGUCGUCCUUCAUAUGCACCAGCUGCUAAUCCAUCUGGAGGCGUGUCUGGAUCCACUAGAUCAUACAUGGGGAAAAACUUCAAGCCAGUGCAGGGAAGUCCAACACAGCUAGUACGAGCAAUGUACACAAAGUAACUUCGGCUGUGACAAAGGCGGUCGGGAAUAGUAUAAAGAAUGCAGUUGCUGUUAUUAACCACAAAACUGGUAACAGUGGUUCUGGUAAACCGACCGGUUCAGGUAAUAAAGUCUCGCAUGUCUGAUAAGAUUGCAUGAAGCACUGUAUAAUAAUCCUUUUUUUUUUGAAAAAGUGAGUUUUGUGUAGCAUCUUUCUUUGAUUGACUGUCAGUGGCAACAUGAGUAAAGGAGUCUAGAGGAAUAGACGUUGAGCGAGUGCUGACUUGGCCAGGACACAUCAUGUUUGGAGCAUUCAUAGCAGCUGACACAGCAGCUUUCAUUGGGAGUAGCUUGACAUUAUUCACAACCCUCAUGCAUUCUGAUGCACACACUAAUAUUGUUUGGGGCUGUCAGUUGGGGAAAUAUCAGACUGAAAGUAAACACCCAUGCCAGGUAUAAUUAUAGUAGCUACGACAUCUCACUGUCAGGGUGUGGUUUCGCUCUCAUUUUUCAACAUUCAUUGCAUCAUUAGUUCGGAGGUAUAAUUAUAGU